AAAUGUUGCAGAUAAAAUGCCUUUGCCAGCGAAAAAAGCGUUUCUCACAGAGGACUUUAAACUGGAGACAAGUAAAGAUGUUCUCCAGGCUGAUGAGAAACCUCUGCAUGUAUAUUACUGUUUGUGUGGGCAGAUGGCUGUAAUCCUUGAUAGAGCUGUAGACAAACUUCCUUUGAGACCAAAGGAUGGUGCGCGCGUUAUAGACGGCAAGAAGCACGCGCACAAGAUAAAACUUGAAUUUGAUGAGAUUGUUUAUAUUAAGAGAGCAGAAGGAGUUGAGAAACAGCAUAGAUAUAAAUGUCAUGGUUGUGGGCUUCAGAUAUUCUAUAGACAUGAUCCUGAUACAGAUAUAACAUUCAUAUUCAAGGGAGCUGUUCGAUCCGCAGCGCAAGGUAUCUCUCAGAAGGAUAUUUACUCCCAGGUUGCCCAAGAACAACCGAAGAAAAGAAUGGUCACCAAGAACUUUAGAACAAUGGGAAAAUAUUCUAGUGUUACUGUUAGUACUGUCAGUGAUGACGAGGAUGAGCUGGAGGACAAGGAGAUAGCUGAGAACUACGCCCUUAACGCUAAGAUCAUCAACAAGCAGCUGGACAGGAAGGGGAUGAUGAGGAAGGGUCUCCAGGAGGAAGGAGCUCCCCCGCCUAAAUCCGCCAAGAGAGGAACACUCAUUGACCAAUAGUUUUUGUUGUUUAACUUCUGUACCUUUAACAUAAAUAUAAAUUUUACUUUUCAGA